CUUCCUACGCAGAAAUCUCACUCGGGGAUAUGUUGGACGCUCAGGCCUCUCUCAGUCCCCGCUCAUGAAACUCGGGCAGAAAGCUACUCUUCCUGGCAGUGCAGGCUUGGGCUUCGUUGUCAGACCGACCCAUUCCCUCCGCAGGCUCUUUGCAGCAAAAACUCCUGUGCGCGGUAUCCACAACGCGCUCGAGAAAUGUCUUGAUCACUCCCGAGAUCGAGGCGUUCGCUCAAGGUUAACUUCCAUCGGGAGAGCUCUCGCCAUCGUAAGACGCAACCCGCACACUGCUGAGCUGAGUCCUCGAGUUUGGAUCAUACGGCACUGCCAAGGCCGACGAUGCUCGCCGUCGCAUUUCACAGCAACCUCUUUCUCUCGCCGUCGGUGGGGCUGUUGAUGAAGAAUGAGUCGUUGGCAGAGGAGCGGGCGAGCGAAUUUGGCGGGGAUACGAAGUUUCAGACUCUCGUCCCCGAGUGGAAGCUUGUCGACGCGAAUUUGGAGCCCGCUCACUAUUCAGAACAUGCUGUCACAGCGGACGGGUCUGCCCAGGCAGUGUAUGGGUGCGGGCAAGAGCGUGCAUCCUAUCGUGGACACGAGUACAUCGAGCACGGUGGCAGCAACCCGGGCUUCAAGACCCAAGUCAUUCGAUUCCCUCAGGACGGAUUCGGUGUCAUCUCGCUCUCCAAUGACGAGUUGGGCAAUGGCCUGAUGGAAACCGUCAAGUGGAGGCUCAUCGACUCAGUGCUGGGUAUGGAGCCUAUCGACUGGACUGCGAGAUACCGCGAAUCGCACAACAAGCGUUAUAAAGAGAGCCAGGACGUCACUCCGCGACCCUCGUCACCGAAGGCACCCUCGUCCUGCUUUGCUGCCAUGCACGAGACCUUCACUCACAGAGCUCACGGGCCAUUCAGCCCAUGCUAUGUCGCUUCUGGCCCUACAGGUCUUACGCCCGGAAGUAAUGCCGCGAGUAUGAGCCCCGUCGUCCAAGACGUCUUCAGCGCCUCCCCUAGCGCGCUGUAGUGCGGGGCGAGUUGGUUGAUGGGCCAGAGCUUGGAUGGGCUUUCCGGGUGGGCUUCUAGGGAAGCCAGGGUAAAAUUCGACCACUGGAGGGAAGCGUCGAGGACCAAGCUGAAAUGUAGUUUGGGCGCGUUCAGCUGCGGCCCACGACUCGAUCGCGACCUGGCACCAUGUGCACUCACGCGGCGACCUAGUCGGUUUUCCCGAUGGACACCCCGUGAUAUUGACUUUUUUCCGACUCGCACGGCUCGACGAAGAUCGAUAAUGUCUGUUACAUGAUCAGCCAGAAGGCUUCGCUCCUUCGGACCAUCGUCUUGACACCAGUCAUCUGUCGGUGUGAUUGCGCAAUUGUACGAACAACUUUUCUAUUGGUGUCUACUUCAAUGUGAUUAUCUAUGGCCGG